AAAAAGAAAAGAAACUCUCUCUCUUAUCUCUCUAUAUCUAUUUAUCCCUCUCUCCCCCAAGGGGUCCUCCAAGUAGGUUGAUUAAUGAUGAACUCUAAGCCAUAAACCAUCAAUGCCUAUGCUAUAUUCUUUAUAAAAUCCCCACUAAACCUCUUCUCCUUGCAGCCAAACCCACACCAUGAAGUACUCCAAGACCCUGCUCUCCCUCCUCACUCCUAUCCAACUCCUCCAAGCCUCAUUCUUCGUCCUCUUAGCUCUAACUCUAAGCCUCCAUGCCGUCCUCUCUUCCACUUCCACUCUCCUCCUCAACCAAAAGCUUCUGCUCUUCCUCUGUACCCAUAGAGCGCUCGUCUUCUCUCUUCUUUGGUGCACUUUGGUAGCCCUCCUCGCCUACCUCUGGACGAGGCCACGCCCGGUCCUGCUUCUUGACUACGCCUGCUUCCAGCCCGACGCCGACCGCAAGUGCAGCUACGAAGUCUGCGAGUACUUCGUCCGGCGGAGCCGCCUCUUCUCGACCACCAGCGAGGAAUUCAUGCGCGGCAUCUACCUCAAGUCGGGCCUCGGCGACGAGACCUACGCCCCACCCUUCAUCUUCCAGUACGACUACGAGGCCAAGCUCCGCUCUGCCGUGCAAGAGGCCUCGGAGGGAAUGAUCGCCGCCGUCGACGCCGUCCUCUACAAAACCCACGUUCCGGCCGCUGCCAUCGACCUGCUCAUCGUCACCUGCGGGAUGUUCACCCCCAGCCCCUCCCUUUCCAGCCUCCUCGUCAACCACUACCGCCUCCCCGACACCGUCGCCACCUAUAACCUCAGCGGCAUGGGGUGCAGCUCCGGCGCCGCCGCCAUAGACCUCGCUGGAAGGAUCCUCUCCGGCACCCGCCGAGUCCGCUACGCCCUUGUCGUCAUCACCGAGAGUAUAAGCCUCAACUGGUACUUCGGCGACAACCGUUCGAUGCUGGUCACCAACUGCAUCUUCCGCGUCGGCACGGCGGCGGCGCUGCUGACCAACGACGGGGCUCGCCGGCGCGCCGCCAAGAUGGAGCUCCUUCACGCCCUGCGGACCCACCACGGCGCCGACGACGCCUCCUACAGCGCCGCCUUCCAGGAGGAGGACGACACCGGCAGCCUCGGCAUCUCCUUGAAGAAGGACCUCAUCCGCGUCGCCGGCGAGGGGCUCCGGGCCCACAUAAGGAUCCUGGCUCCGAGGGUUCUGCCGUGGGCCCAGCUGGUGCGGUACGCUUUCGGGGAGGUGACCAGAUGGAUGAAGAGCGGUCAGGGGAAGCAGCACGUGCCGGACUUCACCACGGCGUUCGAGCACAUGUGCAUCCACACGGGUGGGAAGGCGGUGAUCGAGUCCGUGGCCCGGCUCAUGCGGCUCGAUGACCGGGUCACGGAACCGGCCCGGAUGUGCCUCCACCGGUUCGGCAACACCUCCAGUAGUUUGCUGUUCUACGAGCUGGCCUAUUUUGAGGCCAAGGGGAGGAUAAGGAGUGGCGACCGGCUUUGGAUGUUGGCUUUUGGAACCGGGUUCAAGGUUUGUAGUUUGGUCUGGAAGACCUUAAAGGAUUCGGGUAUGGAUACUGAUAACCCGUGGAAGGGCUGCAUCCAUAGGUACCCGCUGAAGGCUUGGUAAUUUAGAACUUGUGAAAAAACAGAAAUAAAAAAAAAGGGAGGAAAAAACAUAUAAUUGUAAACUUCCAUACAAGGUGUGAAACCUAGUGGGGUAUAAGAAAAGGCUUGCUUCGUUUCUUCCAUCUCUAUCAAGUUUGGCGAUGGAGUUGGUGAUGGUACUAGUAAUAUGAUGAAGAUAUGAUUGUUGUACGUCACAAGGAUUGCUACUUUCUUUAAUUUUCAACCUAUAAUUACUUUUUACUA